CACCACUUGGCAUGGAUAGCGGAGCAAUCACCGAUGCUCAGAUAAGUACCUCUUUAGAGUUGGAUGAUAAUCAUGCAGCCAGGCAAGGAAGGUUGCAUUAUAAGAAUGUUUUUGGCACCUCCGGUAGUUGGACAUCACCUAAAAAUGAUUUAAACCAAUGGUUUCAAGUGGAUCUUGGUCAAUAUACUACAGUAACUGGUAUAGCGACCCAAGGCAGACCUAAUCCACAGUUAGACCAGUACGUGACAGCAUAUAAGUUACAAUAUAGUGACGAUGGAGUAUCUUUUCAGUUUUACAAGGAGGCGCCACUCGAAGCUGAGAAGGUCUUCCGUGGAAAUAAAGACAGAGAGACCGUCGUCUAUAACGAAAUACGCCAGCCAAUCAGAGCACGCUAUAUACGAAUUAGACCAGUGAGUUGGAACCAACCGAUAUCCAUAAGGGUUGAGAUCUAUGGCUGUCCAGGCUGUGUUACCCCCCUCGGCAUGGAAAGUAAAUCAAUCUCUGAUGCACAAAUAUCUGCCUCCUCACAACUGGAUGAUGAUCAUGCUCCAAAGCAGGCUAGGUUGCACAUUCAAGCAGCCAUUAAGGGUAAAAGUAGGGGGUGGUCUGCUCGCAAGAACGAUCUUUAUCAAUGGUUUCAGGUGGACCUUGGAAGUAAAACAAUUGUGACGCGUGUAGCAACACAAGGGAUAGAUGGACUGGAUGAGUGGGUGACCAAAUACAGAAUACAAUUUGGCUAUUCUGGGAUCAACUUCCAAUUUUACAAGAAAGCAGAACAUAGUUCUGCACAGGUUUUCGACGGAAAUCAAGACAGUACAACAGUUGUAGUUAACAAACUGACCGACGUAACCAGAGCGCGUUUCAUCCGGCCAUUGCCGAUAGAGUGGCACAAACACAUAUCAAUGAGAAUUGAGAUUUACGGAUGCCCAGACUGCAUCGCACCUCUUGGUAUGGAAAGCGGAAAUAUCGCUGUUUCUAAAAUAACCGCAUCCUCGAUUUUGGAUGACAAAAGCCCACCAAGCCAGUCCAGGUUAAAUUAUAAGGCGGACGGUGACUUUGGGGGAGGUUGGUCAGCUCACACAAAUAAUGCUAGCCAAUUUCUUCAAGUGGACCUUGGUGCUUACACACGUGUGACACGUGUGGCCACUCAAGGAAGGAACGGAUACGAUCAGUGGGCGACCAAAUAUAAGGUGGAGUACGGUGAGGAUGGCCAAAGCUUCCGGGUGUACAAACUAUCAAAUACCAGCGUAGCCAGGGUGUUUACUGGAAAUCAAAACAGCGAUGCAGUGGUUUACAACAGUCUGACGCCACCAAUCACAACAAGGUUUAUACGACUGAUACCACUGGAGUGGCAUAAUCAUAUCUCAAUGAGGAUUGAGGUCUUUGGCUGUCCAGGAUGCGCUGCAGCACUUGGUAUGGAGAAUAAAGAAAUACCUGAUGCCAACAUAAUUGUAUCUUCACAACUGGACGGGGACCAUGGCGCAAAGAAAGCAAGGUUAAACUGGAAAGUAGGCGGGGUCAAGGGAGGGGGAUGGUCAGCGUUGAACAAUAACUUUAAUCAGUGGCUUCAAGUAAAUAUCGGUUAUAACUCCCAAGUGACAGGUGUUGCGACACAGGGGAUGAAUGGGAACGACCAGUGGGUGUCCAGAUACUGGAUACAAUAUAGCAGUGAUGGAGUGACAUUUGAAUUUUACAAUUCAACGGAAGACAGUUCAGCAAAGGUAUUCUAUGGAAAUAAGAACAGUGACACGGUUGUACACAACAGUUUGAGUCCACCGAUAAUAGCACGUUACAUUCGCCUGAUUCCUGUUGAGUGGCAUAACCAUAUAUCGAUGAGGGCGGAAAUCUACGGCUGCCCAGUGGUUACCGACUCGCCAACUGUGCCAGCACCAGAAACGACCACAGAAGCUAGCACCGUCAGAGGAGCGGGAACACCCACUGGAAAUUAAGGAAAACGAAAACCAGAAGUGGUUACCGACUCGCCAACUGUGCCAGCACCAGAAACGACCACAGAAGCUAGCACCGUCAGAGGAGCGGGAACACCCACUGGAAAUAAAGGAAAACGAAAACCAGAAGGUGUCAAUAUACUUGCUGUGGUGUUACCCGUGGUAUUAAGCAUUAUUCUAAUUGCUGCCUUGGGAGUAUUUUACUGGAAAAGGAGAGCUCAAAAGUAUGUGGACAUCAAAUCAGUCUCAUUUCAGACGGGAACCAAUGAGUUGAACUAUUCAUUAAACAGAAUAUACGAUGAUGGGGCCGGUGAGGUGGUGUACCACGAUUUUUAAGACUGAGGACUCCAGCACCGAGGAUAUGUUUUAGCCUCCCACUGUUUUAAAGGACGCUAAAGAAAAAAGAAGAAAGGAUAAUUAAGUGUAAAUAUCCUCUAAGGAUUCUAAUCAUUUUCCCUAUUAAUAAUCAAAGUAAAGAACAUCAAGCGAAAGUAACAUAUACGGUUUUUUUAUUAGCUAGAAGAUGAUAAGUAAGUGAACCCAUUUUUCUUUGUGUAAAUGUGAACAGAUGGUCUAUUUGAGUUCGUUGCUGCCCAAACGAUGUAAGUUUAAAACGGUUGAUGUUUACUGGCUUACAGAGUGUUUUUUGCUUGACUGUCGUAAACACAGAACCAAAGUUAUCCGAUAACUUUGGCAACAGCCAAUCAGAAGAUAAAAAAAAUACGCUUAAUAACUAAGGAGAAACCAGAGUAAAACCAACCUUACUUCCUAAAGCGCGGGAAAACGCGGGUGACCAACUCGUGAUUAGCUUAAGUUUUACAUCUGAUUGGUUGGGAGAGUAGCGCGAGGUUUUGGACCAAUCAUAGAACGGAGCAGAGCAAAACUAAUGGACACCCCGGAUUAUUUUUGAGGCCCCAUUGGAAAUUGCUCCAAUCUGAAAACCUCACCAACAACAACUCGUUGUUUAACUGAAACAUAUAGCUCGCGAACUUUUUAGUCUAUUGGAUGAGUAUCAUAAUAUGAUUGUCCUGAUUAAAUUGUUUACUCAAGUUUGAGCCACCUCUAUCGUCAACAGUCCUUCUCAAAAUUACCCUCACGCGGACGUUCGGACCUUUACCCCCUGUUCAAACCAUUUACUGUAUUAUCGCUCUUUUGGUUUGACAUUCUAUUCUGCAAGGGACCUCAUCGCCCUCCAUAUGUCUCGAAAAGUGGACUAAGGUUUCAUAGAAAGUUAAACUGGACAUUUUCUUUACGUCGGUAAGCUUUUUUUAAAGGUUCGCGUAUGCUUGAUAUUCAUAGAUCAAAGCUCUACUUAAAAAAUCAUAGAACAGCUGGUGUAUUUUUUUUUUCUCAGUGUACUGCUGAAGCUAAUAGCUCAGAAAGUAAUUGCACUUAAUAAUGAUAAUGUAAUAUUGGGAACAGUAUGUGUAAAGAAAAAAAACCGAGCCAAUGUGAUCAUUCAGUGGUUGGAUUUUCAUUUUGAGAUGAUGUUUCUUUUUUUAUCUUUCUUAGCAAUUAUUUCGUCAUCGUUUUCGUUAUGAACCGAUAGACCUCUCAUGAUGUUGCAUGUUUAUCACCCUCUCCCAGGAAAAAGCGCCAAAUUUCAUGACCGUCAAUCCUUUCUGUUUGUAUGUAUGUAUGUAUGAUAUCAUGAUCUUAGAUAUGCCACAAGACAAACAGUUCAGGUGAAACUAAAAAAGAAGCUAGCGUGAAACUUUGGCAGCUUUCAAAUGGAGAAAAAUAGUGAAUUCCCUUGUAAUAACAUGUGUUGCUCUGAGUUAUCAGUUUGCAGGAAAGCUUUAGUACAAAAAAGUAUGGCAAAUUGGAAGUUUGAUACAAUUAAUAGCAAUAUUCUGAGUAUGCUGUAAUUUAAAUUUCAUGUUUUCAUAAAGAAAGCAGCCACGAUUUUAAUAUUAAGUGUGUAUAAGUUACACGCAUUUAGAGAUACGUUCAGAGUGUUCUAAUUUACAGUAUAAAUCUACGCCAUUUUUUCUGGUCGCAGGAUAAAAAGGAUAAUAUUAGAAAUUCGUCCAUUUAAAUUAAACAAACAGAUGAUGGUUUGCUUUCCCAAAUAACCGCUUAAAGCUAGAACUGCGUGACAGGUGUAGCCGAGAGAAGCUUUCACAGUCGCAGAAUUGAAAAGGCAUUGAAGACAAAAAUACGGCCGUGCCCAAAGAUUUUUUAAUGCUUUUCAGAGAUUAAAUGAGGGACUAGAAAGGGACAUUCAAAUUAGUGUUGUAGCUUUCUGGCAAAGGGAGGUAUUUGACCUCAAAGUUAUCAAAUAAAUGAGUGAAUCGAAAAGUUUGCAAAAACACUAAUUUUUCACCUCUGUCGAUUGAUAAGCUGUCCAUAAAAUCGAUUGAAACUUGUAUCGUACAUUUAUUAAGGAUAUACCAAUAUGUCUGCAAACCGUCGCAGUAAUUUGUACCGUAAAGAGUUAAAAAGCUGACGUUUCGAGCAUCAGCCGUUUAUCAGAGCG